AUGUCCAACUCUACCCAAGCCCCGGACCAUUUACCCUGGGAUCCCAACUGCAUCAGAUUUCCCCUGCUGAAGGAGCUUCCCCAAUUGCCUAACGCACCCGAAGGCGCGGCGUGGGUUUGGGGCAAAGAUGACCAGCUAGGGAGAUUGAACCUGUUGACGCCGCAGCGUGUCAAGGAAUCGGCCAAAGAUAUUCAAACUGGAGAGAUGGUGCGACUGGAUCUUCCUCUAAACAUGCCUGAGAAACCCGCCGCCGACCGCGAGGUGUUCCAGCACGCUAUCAAGACCCUCAUACCAGAUAUCGCAUUCGACGACACCUACACUUUGAACACGCAGAGUAGCACCCAGUGGGAUGGAUUCCGACACUGUGCCCAUUUCCAAACCAAGCUCUUUUACAAUGGGGCCUCAAGCUCCGACUUCGUCGGCGAUGCCUCCAACCUCCGUUGCAGCAUCCACCACUGGGCAAACCAUGGCAUCGCUGGCCGCGGUAUUCUCCUUGACUACCGCUACUAUGCCCUCACCCACAACAAGCCCUACGACCCUUACACGCCCUACGAAAUAACAUUCUCCGAACUACAAGCCUGUGCCAAAUUCCAAAACCUGAACCUCCUCCCCCAAUCCCAAGGGGGGGACAUCCGCAUCGGCGACAUCCUCCUGGUCCGCUCGGGCUAUGUCGAGAAGUAUCACGCCCAAAGCCCAGCCGAGCGCUACGCAACCGCGACGCGGUCCCCUGAGAACCUCGGUUUCGCGGGCCUCUCACGCGAGGAAGAGAUGCGUGAGUGGUUGCAUGAUUGUUACUUUGCAGGCGUGGCGGGUGACUCGCCGAUGUUUGAGGCAUGGCCUGUUCAGGGAAUGAAUCAUCUGCAUCAGAGUCUGCUUGCGCUUUGGGGGGUUCCUAUUGGGGAGAUGUGGGAUUUGGAGAGGUUGGCGGAGUUGUGUAGGAAGAGGGGGAGGUGGACGUUCUUUUUGACGAGUGCGCCUGCUAAUGUGCCUGGUGGUGUUGGGUCGCAUGCUAAUGCGACUGCAAUUCUGUGA